AUGACGGCACAUAUAAGCGCGGUUUCCUUCACUUUUUUCUGGUCCCUAAAAGAUGAAAGGCCCGCCAAGAAACCGGGGAGAAAGCCUGGGGGUUCUAGUGGUAAACUGACUCUGAUACAUACGAAAACUGUAUCCAGUGAUUUCGUUGCACACCAAAAAAACCUCCAACAUAAACGUGGGCAACAACGCCCGUAUUCACUGCGGGUGCGACCUGUCGGUUUUUCCGUCUGGAACAUCUUCGGCCGAGGGUCACCGGAGCUCCGCUGCGUUCUCGCCUCCUCAUACGGGCACGAAUUGUAUGCUGCGAAGUAUCUCGAAAUUUCGCGUGGCGGCCUCCUGCUUCGGCACUGGCGUCCAUCUGCCGUUCACUUCCCUUUUUCUUCUCGUGGUGCUUUGCCUUGCCACCUUCCCUCCUUGCUUCUUCUGGCCGAAAUCGUGUCUAACGGGGGAAAAAGCGUGUUUAUCGAACAGUUUACUCUCGCCUUCCUUGUGAACAAAUUGAACAUGGCGGAUUCAAACGGAGGGGUCGAACCUGUUGCAGACCCUAACACCUCUGCAGGGCCGAUGGCAGAAGCACCACGGACACCUCAAGAGAAUGAAGGGAAUUCGUUGCCAGAAUGGCAGCAGGAAAUCGAGAGCCAGCCACUUGUAGGGAAAGUGGAGAGUCUGGACUGUUUGUGUCGGGAUUUCGAAGGGAACCCUGCGCUCUGUGCCAAGGCGCGGACGUUCGUCAAGGAACAACAGCAGAGAAGGGAUGCCUGCUGCAGCCCGAGUCCAACAGAAGACAGAGCUCAAGGCGCAGAAGAGAACGAGAGGGAAGCCGGACAUUCUCACGAGGAUGCUCUGCACGGAGCUGAGGGCACAUGGACCAUGAGAAGAGUACGCAAGGACGGAUGCUGCUUUUACCGCGCGUACAUGUACGGCGUCUUCCUCUGCUUUCUCCGUCAACGCGAGAAAAUCAAAAGCUUCAUUAAACGCAUCAACGACGAAUUGCUGCCCAAAGUACAGGAAGUCAACGCUGGCGCAGAGACUGUGGCCGACUUCGCUGAAGAAACUGUGGAGAACCUGGAGAAGCUGGAAUCCCCUGAAGCCAACACGCAGACGCUCGACGACAUCUUCAACGAUACCUGCAGCAGCAAUUACAUUGUUGUCUUUGCGCGCCUUCUCGCUUCGACACACAUUAAGUUGAACAGUGAAUUGUACUUGCCGUUCCUGACCGCGUACGCAACGGUGGAGGACUACUGCUCUCACGAAGUGGAUCCGAUGUGGGUGGAAGCUGAGCAGCCUCAAAUCAUGGCGUUGACAGCGAUGACACAGAUGCCUGUAGAGAUUGUCUAUUUCGAUCAGUCGCCCGGCGAGGUGCCAGUUCGUCAUAUUUUCCCGCACUCGGACGACGCCCAGAUCCAUUUGAUUUAUCGGCCGGGACACUACGACUUUUUCUUUUAUUCCCCUCGACAGGCCGGUGCUCACCAGAGCACGUAGGAUGCCGUCGAGUAUCAACACUGUUUCGAGCCACGCAGUGUGAAGGACGUGUAGACCUUGACUAUGUGGACCAAAACGUCUUCACAAUUGCAUCACUUUUUGCAAAGUAUGCUGCGCAGUGGCUUACGGUGGAAAGCGGAAGAUGACAUGCAGCCAUGGUUGUCAGUGUCUCUACGUGCUAAAUGCUAGUCUAAAACAACAGCGUACUCGGUGCUCUCCAAUGCAUCAACUUAUUAUUUUCUAU